ACGGCCGCUUGCGGCUUCCUGUUUGCUUCGCUGAGGCUGCGCGUCACGGUCUGCGCACCGGGCAAGUCUGAGCAGAUCCACAGCCGGGGAGAGAAGCGUUCCGAGCCCCUCCCGCAUCCGCCAACAGGCUGGACAUGCCGUCUCCGGCCGUCAUGCGGCUUGCGUACCUGUCAGCAGGGACACAGCUUUAGUGGAAGCCGUCGAGCACAAUGGAUCGGGUGGAUGUGCUGACAUCGGCCGCGGCGACGGGGAACCACGAAAACGUCCAAGCUCUGCUUCAGGCGGGGGUCGAUGCCAACGCGGUGAAUAGGUUCGGACGGACUGCCCUCCAGGUCAUGAUGAUGGGAAGUACCGCCGUAGCGCGGGUGCUCCUCCAGUACGGAGCCGAUCCCAGCCUCCGGGACCGCGACACCGGCGGCACGCCGCUGCACGACGCCUCCAGAGGAGGCUUCCUUGACACCGUGAAGGUCCUGGUGGCGCACGGAGCUGAAGUCGACGCCCGGGACUACGGAGACCAGCGACCGAUAGAUCUCGCCAGGGAAAACGGGUAUAGGGACGUAGUGGAUUUUCUGGAAUUACACCUUCAUUAAGCAAUACAAUCCACAUAUGACGUGAAAGAUAGUAUUUAUAUCGAAAAGCACAUUAACCACUUUUACUGCUUCUAAGGUAAUUAAUGUAUUCGCGUAGUCUCGCGGUAAAGUUUAGCUUUUCAAAGUGUUUAUAAAUUAACGGUACACCAUAUCAGUUAAAACGGACGAUAGGCGCUCUUUUUAUCUUUUAUCCUACUGUUUCAUUUUUCAGAACUAGUCGAUUCAGGCGAUAUUGAUUUUACAAGAUAAAGCGCUUGUAUGUUUGGCAUGAAAAAGCUGAAAAUAUGGCAGGUCGAUUUGUACCAAAGGAUUCAAAAGCUUUAUUGUCGUUUGUGCAAGUAGGCUAUAAUAGGGCCAGUCGCGCGCCUCCCUUCAGACUUAAAAACAUAUAACGAUAAAUACCAAAAAAACAGCAAACAACAAACUGGAACUGAAUAGUGAAGACGGCAUAAAAAUACAGCCGACCUUGUAUUCCACUGCUUGUUCCUCAGCAACAUGACUGAAACUGUAUCAUAAUUAGGCCUGUAGUAGUAUAGUGUUAUUCCGUUUUGAUCAUAUAAUAAAAUAUAAAGUUUUGGUUAAAAUUAUUAUCGGUGAAAUUUAGAAGUGUGAAGUCUAUAUCGGCGUAAAUCGGUUACAUUUAAAUUUAAAAUAUUUCGGUGCGAAAUAUUAGGUAGGAAAUAUUUUACAACUGAAAGUUCCGAUACUGAGGCGGCAGUAUCAAAAGUCCGUCAUUGUAUUUUGUUUUUGUGUUUGUUUGUUUUUUUUUUAUACGACACUUUUAAAUUUAUUAGGUCCAAUUUUGUGGCGGGUCAAGAGCAAAUAUCAUUUCAUAAUUACUGAGGUUUCUUUUUAAAAAGCAUGAAACCCAUUGUCCGGGGUUUGCCGGAAGCAUGCAGAUUUUUGCGGAUUUAUAACGACUCUUAAAUUUCUUGUAUAAACGAUUUCUUUCCUUUUUUCCCAUUUACAGUUUUUAUGCUUUCUCUGGGUUAAUGUAGCCUUAUUGUAACCUAUGGCUUACAGUUUAGUUUAUACAGGAUGUACUCUCACUGAUUAUGUUUCUGUACAGCUACUUCCUACCUGGGUUAAAGGCCUAUCAGAAUAAAAUAUUGGCAUACAUGAUUAUUGAAAUAAAACGCAAGCGUGAAGUGAA